AGACGCAGAUCUGCUCGAUGCUCUUUGUCCCAGAAGCCCAUUGUAGCGAGCGGAGGAAACCCUGUGUCCACAGCAGCCAUCUUGGACAGACAGCUCACACUUGAGUCGGGAUACCUGCGCUCAACUCCUCGACAAUACGCGUCUCAGCCUUCAUUUCUGAGCCACGAUGGCCACGGCACCGUACAACUACUCCUACAUUUUCAAAUACAUCAUUAUCGGAGACAUGGGCGUAGGGAAGUCAUGCUUGCUCCACCAGUUCACAGAAAAGAAAUUUAUGGCUGACUGUCCUCACACGAUUGGGGUGGAGUUUGGGACUCGGAUAAUCGAGGUGAGCGGUCAGAAGAUCAAGCUGCAGAUAUGGGACACAGCAGGACAGGAGCGCUUCAGGGCAGUCACCCGCUCGUACUACCGUGGCGCUGCCGGGGCUCUGAUGGUGUACGACAUCACCAGGAGAAGCACGUAUAACCACCUCAGCAGCUGGCUGACUGAUGCCAGGAACCUCACCAAUCCCAACACCGUGAUCAUCCUUAUAGGAAACAAAGCCGACCUGGAGGCGCAGCGGGACGUCACGUACGAAGAAGCUAAGCAGUUCGCUGAGGAGAACGGCCUGUUGUUCCUGGAAGCCAGCGCAAAAACGGGUGAAAACGUGGAGGACGCCUUCCUGGAGGCCGCGAAGAAGAUCUACCAGAACAUCCAGGACGGCAGCCUGGACCUGAAUGCUGCCGAGUCGGGCGUCCAGCACAAGCCCUCGGCCCCUCAGGGCGGCCGGCUAAGCAGCGAACCACAGCCUCAGAGGGAAGGCUGCGGCUGCUAAUGACCAAGCAAACCCGCCUCACCCACUCUGUCUCUGUUUCUCUCUCGUUCUCUGUGUGUCCUCCUGAUCUCCCACAAUCCUCCUCUCCAUCAUUCCACCGCCUCCCUCCCUCCCUCCCUCCCUCCCUCCCUCCCUCCCUGCUCCAGGGGAACGGAUGCAGGGCUCUGAGCCGACCGUGUGGCCUCUCCCUCACUAGUGUCGUCCUUCUCCUCCUCACUUGUCUCCACCACUUCCGUCACGUCACUUUGCGUAGAUGUCGGUACCACACUGCUCAUGAGACUGUUUUAUGGCUUUUAGGAAAAAAAAAAAGACCCAAAUUCCAGACUUAGUUAUGCAUGAUUCAAGUUUACUUUUAAAUCAAAAAGUGGAGCAUCAGUAGAUCUCAACGGCACAUAGCAGGUCCCACAGCGAUGGUGUCAGCGUUUCACUUCUCAUUGUUUGUUGCCUUAUUCUCACUCAUCUGUUUUCCUCUUCUGUCGUGUUCAUCAUCUGUUCUCAUCAAACGGCAUGAAGACCAACACUCCUGUAACUAACGCUGCACUGAGGAGCCCCGCCCACUCUGCCUUGUAUAGACAACCACAGCGGCAGCAUGCCCCGCCCCUCUUUUACAUGAACGGAGGGCUUUGUUUUAGCGCCAUCUAGCGGAUCGUGUAAAUAUCCAGCUUCUAACUAUCGCUGGCCGCUUCUCGGGAUUCCUUUGCUCGGCUCUGUACAGUCGAUGUAGUCGUGGGUUUGCCUGUAAUUCAUGCUCGGGAAAUUCUGUAACAUAGUUUGUAUUAAUAUACCUACGUACGGGCGGACAAGUAGACACCCCCCCACACACCCACCUGUCACCCCACCCACCUGUCUGCACACUACCGGUCGAUGGGAGAGGAAGUGGAAUGAGACGAUGAGUAAAACUAUUUAUGUCUGCUAACUUUUGAUUCCUGUUUUCUAUGGAGCGAAGAAGAGGACACUUUUUUUUUUUUGGUUCCCCCCUGUCCUAGGGCCUCCUCCUGGAUGAGGCCUGCGUCACUGUCUUAACUCGACAGGGGUUUCGUCUUGGUCUAAGUUGGCGAAGUAGGACCUUCUGUUUCUCUCCCGCCACUUUGCCGCCCGAAUGACCACUUCCCGCUUUUGUCUGUCCACAACAACAACAAAAAAAUGUAAAAACACAAAAAAACAACGUACAUAUGUAUAAAUUUUUAAGGAGCUGUGCUAACAUUUAAAUGCGUUCUUGCGUGUAUAUGAUUUUAAAAUGUUGACAUUUUGAUUUUAAUGACGAAAUACUCUAGACAGAAAAAAAAUAAAUUAUACAUAACCAGACCUUGUGUGUUUUCUGGAGUGACACAGAAGAGGUGCUUCAAGUCGCAUUUGUUUUAUUGCAACAGCAAUUGCACAGAGAGUCUAUUUACAAAAACACAAUAGAAAGUAGUGGUAUGGUGGAAUGAGAGCCAACA